UCUCCUUCAAGUAAUUCCUUCCAUACAAUUUAUUCUGUUUUUCUCAAUUGGUACCUAUAUUGUAUUUAUUUUUCCGUAUCAAUGUAUUAAUUUUCUUUAAUAUUGUCUUAUCUUCUUGCAGUUUAGUUAUUUUUUAGUACAGUAUAUUAUGUAUAAACUGUAUGCAGUGGAAUUUGAAAUAAAUUGAAUAAAACUGAAACUGAAAAACAGACGAGACGAAACUGAAACUGAAACUAAGAAGAAAUCAGAAAGAUUAGUUAAUCGUUGCAACAACAACAACAACACUGUAUUUGGUUGCGGAAGAAGAAAGAUGGCGGGUGGAAGGGUGACAUUCUCUGGUUUGAUGGACGCUGAUGGCGACCUCAGCGAGGAAGAUCUUCUAGAGAUGGCGUUACAAGAAGACGCUGAGUUCUCCAGAACCCAGAGCAGCAAAAGAGAGGCAAAGCCAAAUCUUUUUGAUUGGAACCAGGAUGAUGAAGAAAGAGAAAGCCAUAAUAUGAAGUCACUUUCCAACAAACUUUUUGAAAUUGACCCAACUGACCUCUGUGAUGCCAGAGAGUUUCUUAAAAAGUCAAAAUUUGACCCAUCAGAUGGAAAAGCUUCUGAUGAGAUUGUGGGUGAGGCAUGGGGAGGUGAAAAAUAUAGUUUAAAAGGAAAAGCUUUGCAAAUUGAUAAAGCACAACCAAAGCAAAUGGCAUCGGUUGCUUCAUCAGCAAGAGUAAGGUCAGGUUCUUCUGGAGCAACAAACUCUGGGUCAUUUUCUAGCAAGGCUAGUAGCACAAGACCCAGCAUAACUAAAGAUGUGAGAGGUGCUACAGCUGCAGUUGACAAAAGCAAAAUUUCUGCUGGGAGUUGGUCUUCAGAACAAGUAAAAGAUUUAAAUGAUGUUAUCUCGAAUGAGCCUCAGAUAUCUGCAAAGGAAUACGAUAAAGUGAAGCAAGAGCUACGACAAUGCAAGAGCAUGAUUGAGUCAAUGAAAAGUGACAGAUGGAAGUCAGUUUCACCUCAGGAGACAGUGAAAAGGUUGAUACUAAGCAAGCCAUAUUCAUUGGAGUUUUACAAGUCAUUACCAGAAAAAGUGGAAUUGCUUGACUAUGCUUUAAAGUAUCACGACGGAAACGCAAUAACUGCGAUAGUCCUGUUUUUGAAGAGAACGCUAAGACCAGAUCUCUUUGCGAAGCAGCUCAAACGAAAGCCCGAAGCCUUAAAUCACUUCAUCCGUUAUCUUGAAGCAACUGGUGAAUGGAGAACUCUCAUGGAUUUGUACAAGCAGCUGUAUAAGAAUGAAGAUGCAGCAAUGCUUUAUUAUCAUUAUAUUACGAAAUUAGAGGAUCCAGGAGCCAAGCUGCAGGAAAUUGAAAAGUGGCAAAGGGAUAACAGAAACAUACAAGGGUUAGCUGAAAUUCAAGCUUGUGUGGAGGAGGAAAGAAAAGUUAUCGAACUGCAAAUGAAAAUAGAGAAGGAAGACCAAGAUGCUGAGAAAUCAGGGAAGAAUGUUAUGCUGCGUUAUCACCCACGUGCAGCAACAGUUUUGUUGCAGCCAUUAUCGACAACAUUGUAUUACUGUGCCAUGUACCAUUUCGAAAAGCCAACAGACGAGUUUCACCCGACGGCGGUAAAGAAGAAUUUCAAGCUGACAGACAAGCAGUAUGAAUGGUCAGUUUUGCCUGCGCGAGCAAAGUUUCAUAAAUGGACUGAUGUAUCCGAAAUUCUGACGACAACGGGUUGGCUGCGUAAAAGGAGCGAGAAAAGUGUGAUUGGUUUUGACAAAGUAACAGAAAUUUUACGCAAAAAUGCAGCACCUGGUGAAAUUAUCGAAAAAUACGUUCGGUUGAUAGAUAACCCGGAAUCAAGGCUUAAAAUGGCGUCGGCCUGCAAAUGUCACGAUGUAGCAAUAGAUACAAUCAUUGUUAUGAAAGAUAAACAGAAGUUAGAACAAUAUGCUGAAAAUGUGAAAUUUGACGAAAAAUAUCGACGAAGAAUCUACAAUCUUCUAAAUGAUGGCAGCAUCAAAUGGAGGUAGAAGGCUUGCCAAAGGCUUGUCCACGUAAGCUUUUGAAAAUGGAGUAAAUGGAGGACUGGAGGUAGGCAAGGCGCCUUCAUAGUCUAGGAAGACAAAAACCAAAUUAAUUCGAAUCAAAAAUCAAAAAUCAAAACAAGGAGCGAUGUUGCCUACUGAGAUCAUUGAACAGUUCUCUCGCAAACUUCAAUUAAAAUAGACCGGAGAGCCAGAUUUGUUCGAGGAAAAGUCGAAGCGAGAGAGUGACUUUGUGGCAAAGUAUUUUGUCAUCGUUGAAUUUGAUCAUUCAACUUCAAGUCCUUUUUGGAGCUUCAUCACAAAAUGAUUAAUGAAAUGCGUAGUACAGAACUAAAUAGCACGUGUGUUAACCAUUUUAAAGAGAUUUCAAUUUUCAUUUGUAAUUUAUUUAUAUAAACAAUUUGUUUUUGUGAUAGAGGUUUUUU